ACAAUGUCUCGACAACGAGACUGAAUAAAGAAUAGUUUGCUUCGACGCGACAGAAGAAGAGGGAGAAGAAGAAGGAGAAGAAUAAGAAGACGCUGGUCGUUGGAGGAACGAACAAAGCGACUUCAGGAAUUCCUUCUUCAGUCUCUCUUGUGUCUCGGGUAAGAAAGCAGCGUCCCUGCAGUGUCUUUCUGAGGACUUGACUUCAAGAAGACGAGAACAAGAACAACAACUAUGGCAUCCAAUCCCCUGGAGUGCGACAUUUGCCGUAAUACGUACAAUGACGACCACUGCCCGAGGAUCCUCCCCUGCUCCCAUGAGUUUUGCAUCCGUUGCAUUGAGGGCCUCAUCUUGACUGAAAAGAGAGAAUGCCCUCUAUGCAGAACGGAAUUCAGCAACAGCUCAGCUGAAGAGCUUAUGAUUAGCAGAGGCCUCCUUGAUGCUGCAAAGCAACUUUCAUCCAUGCCAAGAGGAUCAAGGCCUUCGACCAGCGCUCCUAAGAAAUGUAUUAUGAAUUUUACUAAGGAUUUUCAGGAGAAUCUCAUCGGAAAAGCCAUCACUGUAUGCCGGGAAACAGAGGCUGAAGUUAAGGCCCGCACUGAAAGCAACUAUCGGCUGCAAAAUGAACUUGAGGGAUUCACUCAGAUGCUGGCAGAGAUAAAGUUUCCUAGUCAAGAUACUUUGAGCAAUAUUGAUGAAGACAAUAAGGAGCUUAUGAAUAAACUGGAUAUUAUGCAACGGGAGCAGGUGAACGUGAAAGAGUCAGAAAGGAAACUGGAAACAGCAACAGACUCUGCUUCAGCUGGAGCUACCAUAGGUGAAGCAGGACAGCUUCUCCUUAGUGUUGAGAAGACUGCCAGCGAAAUUACGCAACUUCUUCAGGAGAAUGAUAGACGAAGAGACGACUUGAGGCAGGACGCUCUAAGGAUCAAAGGGACUUAUGCAGACGCCAUGAAGGCUCUGGGAAGAAUAAUUGAGGAAUUAGAAGGAGAAGACUCUGUUGUGAACAUUACGGUAACUGACCUCCGAAGUCCUCACAGUCGCUUGAGAGGGGAUGCCCAAAGAGAGAUCUUUGCUGUGAUGACCUUUGAAGGGACUCUGAGAGUGGCCCCAGUCAAGAUUGAGCCUAACAAUGAAGUAUCUGUGCCUCAUCUUGAUGAAGGAGUUCUCCCACCAAGAUGCUUUGUCAUAGAGCUGGAGUCGUUGAUGACAGGGGGUCCUUUUCUCUCCUCUUUCUGACUCCCCCUCCAAGGGGGUUUUUGGAUCUGACAUAUGGAUCCACCCCCCUGGGGAGGGUCAUCAUCAGGAUCACUAUUAACGGCUUGAAGGGUCGCAAUUUCCUGUACAUGUGUGCAGGGGGGAUGGGGGGAACCUCUUAUGCCCACUCUCGGGUAUCUUAUGUAGGGAAAAAGGAUGAGGCAGGGGAAUGGAUGCUACUGGGUAACUAUGUGUCCUUUGGAGGAAGAGGCACAUCCACUCGAGCAGUGUUGUCAUCGAGGGAGGAGGAUUGGAAGAGGGCAAAGGAGAGUGACGAGACCUAUGGAGCGACGAGAGAGAAGGCGGGAGAGGUGAGGGGAGACAUCUCAUAUGAAAGAGCUUCGGAGUUCUGCAUUGUCACCAGAGAUGAUAAUGAUAGGAAAUAUAGAACCAGAAAUUGCUUCGGGGUGGUGGAGGAAGGACUCAACGUCCUGACAACCACCAUCUCGAAGUAUUAUCAAGACAUUGGAAAUGUCCAUAUUUCUCAGUGUGGCCUCAUUCUGUAAUUGUUUUUCCCUCCAGAUGAAGAAGCCUUUUUUCAGUUUGAGUUUAACUCUCAUAUAUUAAUAACAAUAAUAAUCAUCAUUUUCAAAUAAAGAUGUUCUUCUGAGUGCUAUUAGAACUGUUUCAUUUAUCACAUUAUUAUUAUUAUUAGUUAUGUUGGUUACGAAUCGUUUAUUUCGUUCGAGUGUUAUUUUCAUUUCACUUUAAAAUUGUAGAGAAAAUGAACUUUCAUGUAAACUGAGAGAGAAAAAGUUGGUUGUGUUCAGGAGGAGUCUGGUGAAGGCACCGCAAAACAGAUACUGAAACUAACCUUCAAUCGUUUUUAUAAGUGAAGCAGAAUUAAAUUCUUAUUUACUGUCUGUAUCUGCCAGAGAUAAAGACAGAAAGAGACACACUAGUAUCUCACAGACUUUGACCAAAUCUGCGCUUUUGCUGAAAUGCUCAAGAAGAACAAUAGUAUGAGAGGAGUCUCCAUUGCCUCCUCCUUCUCCUCCUCCUCCACUGAGAGGAGGAGGUUUGAGGAGACCAUCAAAGCUCUCACAUAGCUCUGGAUUUUGUAUUCUUAAUUUUUUUAGAAUAGAUCUUUUUUAUUUGUAUUCCUGUAAUCUUUGUAAUGUUAUAAGAUUUUGUAAGCAUGAAUUUCUGUAUUAUUAGCUUUUAAGAAAACUAUGACACAAGAUUUGGAUGAAUAAAAAAAACAAAAAAACAAAAAAAAGACA